UAGCGACCGAUUAAACCCAAAAACCUAAAAGCAAGACUAAUGGUGUUUCUCCAGAAUUAAUUUGACAAGAGAAGGGUAAGUUUGUGCUCGAUUAAUGCCAUCACAACCUGUCGUCAAAUAGGCAUCCUUUUGCUGUUCUUCUGUUUCCUGGAACCCAGGGAUUUUCAUCGUUGCCGUACCAAUCACUCAUAAUUUUCUGUAAGCCGAUGGAUCAUUCAUGGCGUCCUCCGCCUCUGCCACUAGUACCAGGUAACAACGCCAACAUCUGCCCAAUCUGCUCAACAUCUCACUUCCCUUUUUGCCCUCCUCCCCCAUUCAUCGAAAACCCCAGAUUCCAUUACUCACAACCCCAAAACGAUUACUAUCAUCAACGACCCCGUUUUGAUCACCCCCAUCCAUUCCCGAAUCAUCAGAGUUCGUUAAGUUAUAACCAUGAUUAUAAUUCUAUUAAUGGGCAUGUAGGUAGACGACCUACGUGGUAUGGUAGUAACCCUAGCUUAGAUAUGAGUCCGUAUAAUGCCGUCGUCGAUCCUCCUAUGGUUAAUGGAAAUUAUAGUAAUCAUCAUAUGGGUGGUGUUGGCUCUGCUGGUUAUGGAUAUGAUGGCUAUGAUAAUGGCGGAAUUAAGAGAAUGAAAAUUGAACCCAUUGAUAAUAACAAGGGUCCUAGAGGAUCCUUUAUGGGUGGUGAAAUUGCAGAUACAUCAAAGUCCUCAUCUGACAAUGAGAGAAUAUUGAAGUUGAUUCAUGAUCAUGGCAAUGCUGUCAAUGGUGGUCUUCCUAAAGUAGGCGCAAAUUCAACUUCGGAAUCCAAUGGUGAAAAUGGCAAUAUAUAUGCACAUGAGAAAUUUGGAGAAACUCGUGAAGUUAGGGAUGACAUGGGAUUCAAACGGAAACGUGAGAUGAGUGACUUUCCAAGUAGCAGGGAAGAUCAUGGAGUAGUGUAUGCGAAGACUAAUGUUCAUUUUGAUCAAAGAGAUGAACAAACACAGGAUCACCAUAGAGGAGCAGCUCCAUAUCAUUCUGUUUUGCAGAGAAGUGAACUGAAUCAAAAAUUGCAUGAUCCAGCUACUGGAACUUUACAAGAGAAUCAUCACAAUUUGCAGCGAACAACUCAGAUUAAGUUGCCACAACCUACUUAUGUUAAUACACCUAGUUCUUUUGGGACAAACUUUGGUCCAGUGGAGGUUCCUUAUGCUUAUCGUGGCCAACCUCCUCUUCCUGUUUCCCCUCCACCACCACUACCCAUAGACCCACCACGGAAUCAUUUCUUUGAGCCAUUCACUUCACCACCAGUACAAAAGCCCUCUUUGUUUCCUAUUGGUGUUAGUUCUUCAGCAGACUCGUUAUCUUCAUCAUCAUCAUCACGUUCUGCAAUUCCUGAACACCAAUCAUCUACACAAGUUUAUUAUGCCAAUAACGCAGGUCACCAUCCUUCAACUCUUUCUUCUGUUGAGGAAUUUUACACCCGACAAUCUUCAUCUGAAAAACAUCUGAGAGAUGUUCAACCUUUUCCAUUGCAGCAUAUAUCUUCAGAGAAGCCAAAUAUUAUUGAUGCUUCUCGCAUAUUUAAGCAGCCACACCGAGUAUCUCGUCCUGAUCACUUGGUGAUAAUCCUACGUGGACUUCCAGGUAGUGGAAAGAGCUACUUGGCAAAGGUGCUGCGUGAUAUUGAGGUUGAAAAUGGUGGGGAAGCACCACGGAUUCAUUCAAUGGAUGAGUACUUCAUGACUGAAGUUGAAAAGGCUGAAGAUAGUGAGUUUUCAAAGUCUUCUGGUUCUCUUAGAGGCAAGAGACAAGUAAUGAAGACUGUGAUGGAGUAUUGUUAUGAACCUGAAAUGGAGGAGGCUUAUCGAGCAAGCAUGCUGAAGGCAUUUAAGAAGACCCUUGAUGAAGGGGUUUACUCGUUCAUAAUUGUGGAUGACCGCAAUCUGCGGGUAGCUGAUUUUGCUCAGUUUUGGGCAACUGCUAAGAGAUCGGGUUAUGAAGUAUACAUAGUGGAAGCCUCAUACAAGGAUCCAGCAGGUUGUGCGGCUAGGAAUGUGCAUAACUUUAGCCUGGAUGAUAUACAGAAGAUGGCUACACAAUGGGAAGAAGCUCCAUCAUUGUACUUGAAAAUGGAUGUCAAGUGUUUACUCCAUGGAGAUGGUUUUGAUGAAGGUGGGAUUCAAGAGGUGGACAUGGAUAUGGAAGAUGAAGAUGAUGAUGCUAUAGAUGGUAAAAGUCCACAUGAGAAUAUGAAAGAGCAGGUGGAUGAUUUAACACCUCAUGGUAUUGAUGAUGAUGUGAAGAAGAAGAAGCAGCAUAAUGAUACACCAGAAGUGAAACAUUUGAGUAGAAGUAAAUGGUCAAAUGAUAUGGAUGGAAAUGAGUCCCAUGAAGAAGAAGCAACACAAAAUGGUGGUGCUCUUUCAGGCUUAAUUCAAGCAUAUGGAUAUAGUAAGGAAGGUAAAUCUGUACGCUGGGGUGAUCAGGGUGGAAAUGUUGGGUUCUCAAUAAGCGCAACAAGAAAAGGAAAAGCAACCACAGCAUCAUUACUUAUUGGGCCUGGUUCAGGUUACAACUCGAAAUCAAACCCAUUAUCAGAGGAAGACUGCAUAAAGGGAGGUGUUGAGUCAACAAGUCAAAAUGUAUUCCAAGAACGUAUCCGGGCAGAAUGUGAAUCUUUCAAAGCUGUUUUUGAGAAAAGGCGACAUCGGAUUGGUGGGUUCAACUUCAAUGUGGAUGAAGAAUAAGUAACAGCUUCAAUCUUUAUGUUUUUGUUGUAUCUAUUAUCAUCUACUAAAAUUUUGUAGCUUGUUGGAUUUCAAGUUCAAAACUAAUAAAUAUAAUUUUAUAUCUUUUACUUCA